GUAACCUUUGACCUCGGUCUCGCAACCUUUAUCACAACUCAGCAAAUAUGCCCAAUUCAUCUCUUGCCCCAAUCACUUCAACUCACAUCCCACUUUAAUUAGGCACAUAAGCUUCAACAAUGUUGGACAAAGCCGAACUGCGGAAACGCAUCAUUCGAUGGCUGGAAGACAAUCGCGGCCUCAUCCUGACCGUGAUCGGCCUUCCGGCCAGUUUCUUGUUCGAUUUGGUGUUCCAAGUUCGGAACUGGUGGUAUCGGAGAUUUCUAUCCUCCCCCAGUCAACACGAUGAUCGAGUCCGAGCCAUCCAAAGACAGGUCCGAACCUGGGCCCAAGGGGACAAGAGCAAGAAAAUGUGCACAGCCCGACCCAACUGGUUGAGCUUGUCCACCACGUUCUUCAACAAGAAUGAAUGCCACAAGGUCUCUGUGCCUCUCUACGACAUCCUCAGUCUCAACGAGGACAAGAUGACGGUUCGUGUGGAGCCCAUGGUGUCUGUGGGCGAUAUCACCCGUUUCCUUAUCCCCAAGGGCUACACAUUAGCCGUGACAUUGGAAAUUGCCGAUGCCACUUUGGGCGGUUUAGCCAUGGGCGUGGGAAUGACGACCUAUUCCCAUAAAGUGGGAUUGUACCAAGAGGCAGUGGUGGCCUAUGAAGUGGUCAUCGCCGAUGGGUCGGUGGUUCGGGCCACACGAGACAACGAGUACGCCGAUCUCUACCAUUGCCUCCCUUGGUCCCAUGGGACAUUGGGCUUUUUAGUGGGAUUGGAACUCCAGAUCAUCAAAGUCAAACCGUAUGUUCACAUGAAGUACAUUCCGGUUCACGGUCAGAAAAAGUAUUGCGAUAAGAUUCGCGAGCUCUCCGGAGCCAAUGAUGCCACAAAAGAAACCCCGGAUUACUUGGAAGCCACGGUUUUCUCGAAAGAAAAGGCUGUGAUCAUGGCCGGUACCUUCGCCGAUGUUCAAACCACGAAAGAUCGAGCCAAGAUCAAUCACGUGACCAAGUGGUACAAGCCUUGGUUUUACAAGCACGUGGAAAGUUUUCUGGACCAAGGCGAGUCCGAGGAGUUCAUCCCUUUGCGCGAGUAUCUCCUCCGACACGACAAGGCCAUCUUCUGGGUCUUAGAAUCCAUGAUCCCCUUCGGCAAUCACCCGCUAUUCCUCCUCUGUUUGGGCUGGAUGUUGCCCCCCAAACCGGCCUUCAUGAAAUUCACCACCACGCCUGCCGUUCGUGCCAUGACUUUCACCAAACAGGUCUUUCAAGAUAUCGUUCUCCCCAUGAACAAACUGGAGCAACAGAUCGACAUCAGCGAACGACUCUUCGACACCUAUCCCAUACUCAUCUACCCUUGCCGAAUCUAUGACCACGGAGGCCACGGGGGUCAACUUCGACCUCCCAGACCCGACCAGAAAUGCCCCAAUGACUCCACUUGGGGCAUGUUCAAUGACUUGGGCGUCUACGGAGUGCCCAAGAAGGUCCGAGAUAAGCAACGCUUCGAUGCCGUCAAGGCCAUGCGAGAGAUGGAGAAAUUCACCCAAGAGGUCGGAGGCUAUCCGUUCUUGUACGCGGACAUCUUCAUGACCCGAUCCGAAUUCGAAGCCAUGUUCGACUUGAGCUCUUAUGAGCGGGUUCGCGUCAAAUACGGAGCCAACGCGGCCUUCCCUCAUCUGUAUGAUAAGGUCAAGCCCGAGAUAGAUGUGGUCAAAGUUGGUCGAGAAUACAUGGACCCAUUGUAAGAUGGAUUUUGAUGCCACUCACCGGAAAUAAGAUGCCAUUGCUUUUGA